AUGUCUGCCUCCGGUUCAGCAUUGAGACGGCUGACCCACAGGUCCCCCCGCACUUUGGGCACAUCCCGCAUCGCCUCGUUGUCGAGCUCGCGCGCUGGAGCUGCUUCAAUUCUUUGCAACAACCGCACAACCACUCUUACGUCUUCGAGAGUCCAGCGAUUCUCCAGCAUGGCUUCCAAGCAGUAUGCCGCAGCGGCUCCUCCCGCGACGGAGAGGGUCUACGAUCCCGAGAUCAAGGACAUGGCCAGCUACAUCCACAACUACAACAUUGACUCCGAUCUGGCCUACGACACUGCCCGUCUGGUUUUCCUGGACACCCUGGGAUGUGGUCUUGAGGCCCUCAGAUUCAAGGAGUGCACCAAGCUGCUGGGCCCCAUCGUUCCCGGCACCACCGUCCCCAAUGGAACUCGUGUGCCCGGAACGCCCUACCAGCUCGACCCGGUCAAUGGCGCUUUCAACAUUGGCGCCAUGAUCCGCUGGCUGGACUACAAUGACUGCUGGCUGGCCGCUGAGUGGGGUCAUCCGUCCGACAACCUGGGAGGUAUUCUGGCCGUGGCCGACUGGAUCUCCCGAACGAACCGUGCUGGCGGCAACCUGGGCAAUGGCAAGAUCCUCAAGAUCAAGGAUGUCCUAGAGGGCAUGAUCAAGGCUCACGAGAUCCAGGGUGUCCUGGCUCUGGAGAACUCUUUCAACAAGGUCGGCCUGGACCACGUCGUGCUGGUCAAGGUUGCCACGGCGGCCGUCGUGUCCAAGAUGCUGGGCCUGACCGAGUCUCAGACUGCUGAUGCCAUCACCCAGGCAUGGGCUGAUGGCCAGAGUCUGCGUACUUACCGUCACUCCCCCAACACGAUGUCCCGAAAGUCGUGGGCGGCCGGAGACGCCUGCCAGCGCGCCGUCAACCUGGUCCUGAGAAUCCAGAAGGGCGAGUCGGGUAUUCCCACAGUUCUGUCUGCGCCCGUCUGGGGAUUCUACGAUGUCCUGUUCAAGGGCAACAAGUUCAAGUUCCAGCGCCCGUACGGUAGCUACGUCAUGGAGAACGUGCUCUUCAAGGUCUCCUACCCUGCUGAGUUCCACUCCCAGACUGCCAUCGAGGCCGCCAAGAUCGUCAACGAGAAGCUCAAGGCCAUGGGCAAGACUGUCGCUGACAUCAAGGAGAUCGUCAACCGCACGCACGAAGCUUGCGUUCGCAUCAUUGACAAGCAGUUCAAGCCCAUGGACAACUUUGCUGACCGUGACCACUGCGUUCAGUACAUGAUGUCCGUCAUGCUGGUCUACAACCGCCUGACUGCCAACGACUACACCGACGGCUCUGAGGCUGCCACCUCCCCCGUUGUCGAGGACCUCCGCAAGCGCAUCCGCUGCGUGGAAGACCCCCAAUUCACCAAGGACUACCAUGACCCUGCCAAGCGUACCAUCCCCAACGCCCUGACCGUCAUCCUCAACGACGGCACGGUCCUCGACGAGGUCGUCGUCGAGGCUCCUCUCGGCCACCGUCUCCGUCGCGAGGAGGCCAAGCCCGAGAUCCUGUCCAAGUACAAGCGUCACAUCUCUGCGCACUACGACACCAGCCGUGUCAACGAGUUCCUGGAGCUAGGCUGGGACCGUGCCAAGCUUGAAAACUACGACGUCGACAAGUACGUCGACCUGUACGUCAAGGACAAGAUCUAG